AUGGAAUAUGCAGAAGCCCGCAGAGUAGUGAAGAAGAGCAUUAUGAAGGACAAGAAAUACUACAAAGAUGGACUGGCAGCUGAAGCAGAACAGGCAGCACACAACAGCAACAUGAAACAGCUGUACGACACGACUAAGAAACUGUCUGGGAAGUACAGCAAGCCAGAACGACCUGUCAAGGACAAGGAGGGAAAGGUUAUCACAGGACUAGCACAGCAGAUGAAUAGAUGGUCUGAACACUUUGAGGAGCUCCUGAACAGACCAGCACCACCAAAUCCACCAGACAUCAACCCAGCCAACAAAGAUCUCCCCAUCACCUGCGGCAAGCCAACUAGAGAAGAGAUCGGGAAGGCAUAA